GCCCCCAACCGAGGAAGGUGCGUUUCCUGGAUUUCACCCGUUGGCCGUUUUAAUCCGCUCGUCCAUUUGUUUUCUUCUCGGCCAUGCAGCCUUACAUGGUAAACAUCAAACUUUCGGCUCGGACCCUCACUGGGGCCCUUAACCCUCAGAAUAGAGGAGCCGCAGACUGGGGCUGGCAAGGACUGAUUGCAUAUGGAUGCCAUUCUCUUAUUCUGGUGAUUGACUCCAAAACUGCUCAGACCUUACAGGUUUUGGAAAAGCACAAGGCUACUGUAGUCAAGGUUAAAUGGGCUAAAGAAAACUACCAUCACAAUAUUGGAUCACCUUAUGCUUUGCGUUUGGCUACUGCUGAUGCUAGUGGAAAAAUAAUUGUUUGGGAUGUAGCUACAGGAACUUCUCGCUGUGAAAUCCAAGAGCAUACAAAACCAAUUCAAGUGCUUACAAGUGAGGGAAUAGUGUUUAUUUCAGACUUCUCCCCUUCUAAAGCGCCUAUCAGUUCAGGGAAAAAAGUGUACAUUUCCAGCCCUCAUUCUAGUCCUGUUCAUAAUAAGUUGGUAUCUGCUACAGGAGCUAAAAAGGCUCUGGACAAAGUAAAAAUUCUCAUCACUAAUGAAAAACCGAGGUAUGUAUGGACUAUUAUUCCUCCUAAUGUUCUCAAGAAUUAUUCUAGUCAAACUGACUUAUUUAAUCAUGCCCUUAAGAGUCAUAAACUUGAUUGCUGCAUUUUUCCCCUAGCAAACAUUGAAAUAUAUAUUUUAUUUCUGUCUCAUUCCAAAUAGUUUUCUUCAAAUACUUAAACAAAUGUGACAGUUUAUAUUGUAAUGUGUUUUUAGCAAGCAAACAUUAAUGCCUAAGUAGGAUAAAUACUUAUAGUAUUCCUUCAUUUUUCAAUAGCUUUUAUGGUAACUUCAAUUUACUUUCUUAUGUCUAGUUAAAUUCUAGGAAUUAUGAUGUACAGAAUGGUCAAAAAUGAAACCAGGACUAUCAGUGCAUUCUUUGUAGCUUAAUAAAUGGUACAGACAAUUUUUUGUGGUAUUUUAAAAUUUAAACUCUUAAGCUUUUAGUAUUUCUCUUAGUCUGUGUCUUCCAGUUGAUUUACCAAAUCAAUUUUGGAUUGGCUAAGGUGGAGAAAAAUUAUGUACUGCGGGAAAGCAUUGGGAAAUAAGGAAGUUAUCCCCUUCCAAUUUCUAAUUCACUAAAGCAAGGCAAUCAGUCAAAAUAGGAAUUAC